AUGGACGUGAAGGGAGCUUUUGACGCAGUAUUACCAGGACGACUAGUGAACCGCCUUCGGGAACAAGGAUGGUCAAACAAAUUGGUUAAAUGGGUACAGUCCUUUGCCACCAAUCGUUACAUCAAGAUCCGACUGGACGGCGAGAUCGGCCCAAAAACAAAGCUAGAAUGCGGCCUUCCCCAAGGCUCUCCAAUCUCCCCGAUCCUGUUUAUGCUCUAUAUUGCGCCCCUUUUCUGGAUGGGCAAUCCACGGAAGAGAUUCGGUACACACUGGCUCCCUGAACAUCGAGGUGAAACCUGGUCCGCUCAGAUGGCUUGGAGUCUAUUUCGACAGAAGACUAAACUUCAAGCCACAUAUACAGAUUCUUACAGCAAAAGCCCUCAAAGGAGCUAA